AUGUAUCAUAUAUUAAUCCUUAUAUUAUUAAUAGAAAUUAAAGCAAAUGAAUAUUAUAACUUAAGAGGACAAUUAAUUUUAUCAAAUGAAUCUCCAAGUAAUCAAGUUUUACUAAAACCAGUCGAAUUUAAUAAUGUUACAGAUUCUUUAAAAGUUUUACCUUUUGAAUAUUAUGGCUAUAUUACUAGACUAAGUUAUAGUAAUUUAAAUUCAAGUAUUAUAAGUAAAAGAAUUCAAGAAUUAUAUCCUUUUUUAAUAGGGAAAAAGUGUGGAAAAUUUCAUUGUGUAUUAAUAUAUAAUCCUGACUUAUAUCCUAUAUUAAAUACCGCAGAUUUGGCAUGGUUAUUAUCAUAUUCUACAAUAAGUAGCUAUGUUUCUCCUGAGUUAUUACAAUUUUCUUUUGGACUACCACAAGUUUUAUAUUUUGGAAUAAGUUUAGCUCAAUAUGAAAUAGUGGAAUUACCUGUAAGAACUAUUUCAAAUGGAACAAUUUUUGGUCAGCUCAUCUCUAAUGUAAAUAGUAAAGAUAAAGAUAUAGAUAUACUAUUAUCCUUAUGUGAUGGUGUUUUACAAUAUAUAUGGCCUAAUGUUGCCGUUCCUGUUAUACCAUUUAUGUUAGUUGCACGUAUUCAGUGUAAUAUUAGAAUAAGUAAUAGUAAUAAAUAA